AGAGAAACUGCACUGAUGAUCGACGCCAGCCUGCCACCACUCUGUAGCAGUGAGUGGCUGCAACAAAAGCACAGAAUAACAUCUCAGCUCCUCUCCUCUGCUUUUCCCCUCACUGCAUCUCCUCUUCCUCGGUGCCGAGAACUCCAAACAACACAGCAGAGCCACACGGAACUAGCAUCGCAAGUGCAGCCUCUGACUGCCAUCAACAAGUAAUGGAUGAAGGACCUUGAGCAAUGAAAGAGGAAUGCGUGAUCUUCAAUUAACCAAUUGAGCUGACAUCAUUGCGGUGGAAAAGGAAAGAGGCAGCUAAGGGACAGAGGGAUCUGCUCAGCGGUGCUGCUUUGGAUGCAAAUCAUCAACUUUGAAUUUAAGGAUUCUUGGAAGGCAAAUAAUGCUGGUCUUUUCUUAAUCUGGGAAUUGAAUAGCAGGACUGACAAAAGGACAGACCAAAAAAAGAGAAAAAACAGCAUCCCAGGACAUGGAAUGCCUGAAUUUGGUUCAACUGGGGGGGCUCAGCACUUUAUUUCUGAAGAGCUUGAUUCCUUUUGUAUUUACCCAAAAGGUUUUUUUCCAUUUGGAUUUCUCUUCCAUCUGGCUGCUCCAAAAGUCUGCGGAAAAAGACAGUUGAAUGCAGCCUCCGAUGUACACAAAAGAAUGGGUUUCCAUUCAAGGUGGCCAUUGGUGGGACAAGCACCAGUGGCACUUUGUUUGAUCAGCAUGCUACUGUGCCUCCCUGUGUCAUGCACAACCUGCCCCCAGAAAUGCCGAUGUGAAGACCUGCAGUUUUACUGCGACACGCAGGGGCUCCUGGCGCCCCCAGACGGUGUGGAUAAAGGGGCCCUUGGACUUUCGCUCAGACACAACAGCAUCAGUGAGCUCAGCUCAGACCAGUUCUUUGGCUUCACCCAGCUCACUUGGCUUCACCUGGACCACAACCAAAUAACCACCGUGCAUGAGGAUGCCUUCCAGGGGCUGUACAAGCUCAAGGACCUUAACCUGAGCUCAAACCGCAUCACCAAGCUGCCAAACACAACCUUCAUCCACCUCAUCAACCUGCAGAUCUUGGAUCUCUCCUUCAACCAGAUGACAGCUCUGGAGCCUGAGCUCUUUCACGGGCUCCGGAAGCUCCAGAUCCUACACCUGAGGUCAAACUCGCUGCGCACGACGCCCGUGCGGGCCUUCUGGGAUUGCCGGAGCCUGGAAUACCUUGGCCUGAGCAACAACCGGCUCCGUAGCCUGGCCCGGAAUGGCUUCGCCGGGUUAAUUAAGCUGCGAGAGCUCCAUUUGGAACACAAUCACUUGACUAAGAUUAACUUGGCACACUUCCCUCGUCUGGUCGCCCUCCAGUUCCUUUAUCUUCAGUGGAACAAGAUCAACAAUUUAACAUGCACCAUGGAAUGGAAAUGGACAACUCUGGAGAAACUGGAUCUCACUGGGAAUGAGAUACGUGUACUCACCCCUGACGUGUUUGAGACUUUGCCCAACCUCAAGAUCCUGCUGCUGGAUAACAACAAACUGACCAGCCUCGACACCCAAACCAUGGAUAUGUGGAAGUCCCUAAACGCAAUUGGGCUGUCAAGCAACCUAUGGGAAUGUACCAAACGGAUCUGCAAUUUGGCCACUUGGCUGAGCACCUUUAAGGGUCGAUGGGAGCAUUCUAUCCUCUGCCACAGUCCUGAGUACGCACAGGGCGAGGAAAUACUGGACGCCGUUUACGGAUUCCAACUUUGCCAAAAUUUCUCAGCCCCGGUCAUACUGACCAGUACCAGCACGGAGGCCAUGCUCCCCGAGAUCACAAGCUCCCUGUUCGGAAAUAUGCAGACCCCUACGCAAGACUUCUAUGCAGAGGAUUUUGGGAGCUUUACGAUUGUCACCACUACUACAACCACCACCCAACCCCCACGCACUGCCCUCGCUACUACCAUGACGGUGGAGGGGGCAGAUGUUACAGAGGACUACUCUGCGAUAGACAACACAGUGCUGACCCAGAGGGUCAUCAUUGGCACCAUGGCUCUGUUGUUUUCCUUCUUUCUCAUCAUUUUAGUAGUGUACAUAUCACGAAAAUGCUGCCCUCCCACUCUGAGGCGGAUCCGCCAUUGCUCGGCCAUUCAGAACCGGCGACAGAUGAGGACCCAGCAGAGGCAGCCAAUGGCGGACCUGGCUACACAGGUACCCUAUAACGAGUACGAGCCCAGUCAUGAGGAGGGUGCACUCGUGAUCAUCAAUGGCUAUGGGCAGUGCAAAUGUCAGCAACUGCCUUACAAAGAGUGUGAAGUAUAAACUAUUUAUUCCUGCAGUUUCUGGGUUUAACCAUUUGUCCAUUUCAAAAGAUACAGGGUUUGCUUUUGGACUUUUUUCCCCUUUUCAGUUUGUAUGAAGGAGGAGUAUUUCUUUGAAAUUGUUAGCUUUGGAAAUCUAUGAAAGCUUGAGAUGACUGGGAUGAAUUUGAAGAGAGGAAAUAUAGAAAAAUCCACAAGUUUAUUUUUGUAAUACAAAUGCAAAGGUUCAUAUCUAGCUGGGGCAAUCAAUCUCAGCAGAGGAAGGUUGGAUGUGUCACCGCAUCACCAGUUUGUGUACUAUGUAUUCUGCAGCACAGAGGAGAUGAGAAAUCUAUAGCCAAACCACCUGGAACCCUGUGAUCCAGAAAACCGUUUAUACAAUGACAUAUCUUCUGAUAAAUGGUGAUAUUUUAUUUCAUGGAAAAAAUAGUGUUACAUACGCUAAACAGUGCAAAUUUAAAAGGAUUAAAAAAUAAAAAAUAAAAAAAAGACUUUUGGUGCACGUUAGCAACACUAUAGAUCUCACUCAUAUUCACUUUUGGGGAGAGGAAAUCAAAAAAGAUAAUAAUCAGACAGACACAAAGCAUAUUUUUUAAACUCACAUUUUCUAAAUUGAAAACAAUUACUGUUACAAAUUUGGUUCAAUUCAAUAAACUCGGUCAGCUUCCUUAAUCUUAAAGCCUGGCACUUGUGGAAAGGUUAAUGUCCAAUAUGGCUCUGCACUGGUUCUAACAAAAUGUCCUAACAAGCUCCCUCUUUUACCAUUUCAGCAGGGAUUUACUCAAUAUUAAACAAAGAAAAUUGCCCAAUUAUCAUUGUGCAUAUAUUCUUACAUAAGAUGGCUCCAAACACUGACAUCCUCACUGUGAUAGAACAAUGCUGCUUAGAUCACUACAUCAUUAAUUAAUGGUAGAGACCAUCAAAGGAUGCUAGACGACGAAGCAAACACCAGCGAGAACCACUUCCUAGGGAGAGAGGAAGAGCUAGAAAAAGAAGGCAUGCAGAGGACACUGACAAUUGCCUCCUAAAAAUACAAGCAUACACUUGCCCUCGCACUAUUCGAAUGCAGCAAAGAGCAUAACCAUACCUGACAGCUUCAACAUUGAGUCAAUUAAGCCCGGGGAAAAUGAAUAUAAUAUUCUGUCACCCAAAACCUCUGCCCUACAAGUUUCAGCCUCCUCAGCCAGUACUUAAAAAGGGGAAAAAAAGACUAGAGUUAUUACUUCAUAGCCCUGCUCCUUUCAGGCCAUAAAGACAAAAAAGGCAAUUUUUUGUCUGUGCAAGAAAUAUCCAGAGGUUCACACCAAGGACACUUAAGAAACAGAAAAUAGAGAAAAGCUGAAGUAAAAGCAUAGCGCAGCUCUCAGGAGAGCAUGCAGAAGAUGGUGGGAGGCUGGGUCAGGAGACAUUUGUAUGCAGCACUGAGAGGACAGACAUUAGCAUCAAACUAAAGAAGCUGAUGCUGCAGUAGCUCUUUGUGUUGCAAUCAGGAGUUGGGGGCAGGGAUGCACAAGGUGGUACAGGGAACACAAACACUGGUUAGCAUCUAAUUUAAGUCAAUGAGCAUCUUAGCAGCCACCGAGUGAGGCUAAAUCAGGGUACAGAAACCUUCAGAGGAAAAAAGAACUGCAUGACAAAACGGUGACUAACGGUGAACUAGGCAAGAGCUAGAAAGCUCUGAAUGCCACCCUAGUUAUGCUGCAAUAAGGCUUAUUGCCUCAUUGCUUAAAAGAAAAAAAAAAGUCUAAGAAUAAAGAAACAUGCAGUCAUAUCCAGGCAGAAGUUUCUGGAGAAAAGCUCAAAACCUGAGAAAUCCGCAUCUAUAUCAAAGCCCAUUUUUUGGUCAUGUACCUAAUGGUAGUAAAAAAAAAAUGAAAAGAAAAAACUUGAGUAGUCAUCAUAUGCUAAAAUUAAGCAUGCCUGAAGAGACUGAUUAAAUCUGUCCUCUAGAGGGUGCUGUGAAAUAUCGUGAGUGAGGAAUGGCUGCUAAAAUUCUUUCACUAACUCCAACUCUGCAAAUCACAAUUUUAUGUUGGUAAAAACAAACAGAAAGGGAAGGUCUGUCUGUGUAGCUGAUCUUUUCUGUGCAGCCAAAGGUGUAGCUAGGAAAUAACAUUCCAAAAUGCAUUUUUCAAAUGCUGUUGGACUGAUGAGGAAAACUGCAGCUAACAUUUACUGAGCCAAGAACCUCUACCAAUGGUGUUACUUUGUUUUGAAUUUGAAAGGCUGACCUUUGCUUUCUGCGUCCCUCAAAACACCUUGCAUGUUUAAAGACAACAUGAACAUCAGCACCCCCUCCAAAAAAAAAAAAAAAAAAAAGUCUCACAUCCUGAUCUGAUAGUUUAGGCAUAUGCAGUGAGAAAGAACAACUUUCUAAUGAAAUACUGACAUUGUAAUUUGUUUAAACUAUCAGCUUAUAAGCAAUCACAAAAACCACUGACCAUGAAUUCAUUUGCACUCCUGUAAACUGUUUUUUGGGGGGAAUGUUAUCUUGUGAUACGAUGAAGUCCUGCUGCUCACUCUGGCCAAAAAGCCCCUUUCAAAUCACACCCAAAAACUUCUUUGUGCGAAAAUGACUGCUUCUCACCCUCCUCUCCCCAAAACCCUGCUUUUUCCUUUUGUAUUGUAAUAUGUACUAUUUCAUAUCUGUAUAGUGGGUAAAGAUGUGGCCAACUGAAAAGAUCUUUUUUUUUUUUUCCUUAAGACAUAUAUUUUUAAAUAAAAAUGUUACAAUUUA